AAAUAGGCAAACAACGAAAGCCGUAAUAUCGAGUUAUUAUUGUUCAUAGUUUCAUCAAAAUGACGGCCGAUGAGAAGACUGCUGUUGGUGGUGGACGCAAAAAGACCGUCAAGUCGGUAACCAAGUCAGCCAAGGCUGGACUUCAGUUCCCUGUCGGUCGUAUUGGCAGGUACCUCAAGAACGGUAGGUACGCCAAGCGUGUUGGUGCUGGUGCACCUGUCUACUUGGCUGCCGUUUUGGAGUACUUGUGUGCCGAAAUCUUGGAACUUGCUGGCAACGCUGCCCGUGACAACAAGAAGUCUCGUAUCAUUCCCCGCCACAUCCAGUUGGCCAUCAGGAACGACGAGGAGCUUUCCAAGUUCUUGGCCGGAAUCACCAUCGCAUCCGGUGGUGUUAUGCCAAAUGUCCAGGCUGUCCUUCUCCCCAAGAAGAAGGAUGGUGACGCUUCUCACUCCGCCAUGGAUGAGGACCACCACGAUGACUAAGCGUCUUCUUCAAGCAUUAGCAUAACAUAUUGAGAUGAACAGAGAGAUUUUCUAAAUACUUCCCCACCACACACCUUGGUGGAAAAACGAUAUUAGAGUAAAACUUACGAUU